AUGGCCCCGAUAACAGCAACAGACCCUCCCAAGAAAUCCCAAAAUGCCCCAAGCGACACAGAAGACGAAGACGAAGAAGUCUUCCACGACGCGCGCUUCCCCCCAGAAGAAGAAGCAGCCCUCCUCGCCGAAUCCCACGCCCUAAAAUCCGAAGCCAACGCCCUGUACACCGCAUCCUCCUACACCCAAGCAAUAUCCACCUACGACCGCGCCCUCGCCUCCUGUCCCACAUACCUAGACUACGAGAUCGCCGUUGUCCGAAGCAACAUGGCCGCAUGCUACCUGCAGCUCGAGGACUGGAAGGCGGCGGUUGAUAGCGCGAGUCGGUGUAUUGAGGGGUUGGAUCGUGUGAUCCCGGCAUCGACGGCCGAAACGAAAGACGGGGGAGCGGACCAGGGCGAGCCCGGCUCCGGCUCCGGGGUCGUUGAAAUCGACGACGACGAGACCGAUGAAGCCGAAGCGCUCGCGAAAGUCAAGGAGCAGGACAAGCGGAAAGCAGAUGUUGCGAGGAUCCGCGCGAAGGCGCUUAUGCGGCGCGCUAGGGCGAAGAGUGAGCUUGGGGGCUGGGCGAAUUUGCAGGGGGCUGAGGAGGACUAUAAGGUCCUUGAUGCGAUGGGGAAUUUGCCGGUGGGCGAUCGGAAGAUCGUGGCUAAGGCGCUGAGGGAGUUGCCGGGGAGGAUUGCGAAGGCGAAGGAGGUUGAGAUGGGGGAGAUGAUGGGGAAGUUGAAGGAUCUGGGGAAUGGGAUUCUCAAGCCAUUUGGGCUGUCGACGGAUAACUUCAACUUUGUGCAGGAUCCGAAGACGGGGGGGUAUAGUGUCAAUUUCUCUUCAUAA